GGCGCGAGGCGGGGCGCGCUCCGCUCCGCGCCGCUCCCGCGCCGGGCCCGCCCCGCAGCCCAUUGUCCCCGCGCCGCCCCUCGUCCCGGUGCCGGUGCUGAGUCACGGCCGGCUCGCCGCUGCCCGGGGCCGUAGGUGUCGCGGAGAGCCCGCCGGCCACCGCCUGAGCUGCGCCAUGGGGACGGAGGGCGCCAGCGUCCUGCUGGAGCGCGCCGGCAGGCUCACCCUGCAGACCGGCAACCUGCUCAACUGGGGCUGCCUGCGCAAGAAGUGCCCGGCCACCCCCAGCGAGGAGGUUCGGGACUGCAUCCAGAAAACACUGACUGAAUGGAGCUCAAAGAUCAGCCCAGACCAAAAUCAGGAAACACUGGAGGUUCUGGAAUGUACUGUAGCUCAAGCUAUAGAAAAAAUAAAUCCUGAAGAAAGGGAUGAGUUGAAAGUAUCAGCAAAGCUUUUCAUCGUUGGAUCAAACUCUUCAUCCAUCAGAGAUGCAGCUGACCUGGCAUGUUCUGCCCUUGGAGUUGCUCAGUUAGACUCAGUCAUUAUUGCCCCACGUCCUGUUGAAGAUGGAAUUAACCUCUCUUUGGAAUAUUUGCAACCUUAUUGGAAAGAACUUGAAAAUCUAGUUCAAAACAAAAAGAUUGUUGCCAUAGGUACCUCCGACCUAGAUAAAACACUGCUAGAGCAGCUGUAUCUGUGGGCACAGGUGAAGCCAAGUAGUAAUCAGGUGAACCUAGCUUCCUGUUGUGUGAUGCCACCUGAUCUCACAGCAUUUGCAAAAGAAUGUGACAUACAGCUGUUAACUCACAAUGACCCCAAAGUGAUUCAUUUGCUAAAAGAAUGAAGAAAUUGGAGGUUUUCCUUUGAGCUGUACAACUGAGUUUCCAGCUUUCUACAAUAUUUGGGGAUAUAACAUUCAUUUCUCUCAAACAUCAUCAAUCUUCCUCACUCUUAAGAACACCUUAAGAGUGUUGGACACCUUAACACCUUGUUGGAAUAAUAAAAAAUAUAAAACAAUAUUUAGUUAAUUCCUUCCCUAUAUUUUUGGUUAUGACUAAUUAUUCAUGAUGAUACUUUUCCUUCCUUCUCCUUUCUUUCCACUUGAUCCCAAAGAAAAAAAGUAUGUGAAGCAUUUCUUAUGAAGUAUAUACUUCAUAGUACCACAGUUGCAAGUAAUUAAUUUCAUCAGCGCCCGAGCAGGAUUUACCACUGCUCUGGCAGCAUGCAAGAUGAAUUUCUAUUCAAUCUGACAAUUACCAUGUCCUCUGAAGUCCAAAUGCAAUUUGCAUUUUAAUAAAUAGUAUCCAUUGGAAGUCAUUAAAUGAAGAAGAGGAUUUGACAGAAAGCAGCACAAGCUGUGACUCCUUUAUGUGUUGUUUGCUCAGCCUAACUUUUCUCUAAUGGUCAGCUGAAGAGUAUCGGGACUAUAUUUUGUGAGCACUCUUCACCAAAGACAGCUGUUCUCUUGAGGAACAUUCCAGAGAAAACUAGGAGGACUUGGACUUGCCUUCUUUUUCUGCUUUGUGCCAUUUAAGCCCAUUUUUCUUAAAGCUUUCUGGGGUUAUGGUUAUUAUGAGCUCCGUUAUGGGAGAUACUAUAAAUGUUGACUUUUCAGUGACUGGAGAGGUAACUCUGAAUGCUCAGUACUUUGCUGAUUUCAGCCCUAUGCUUUACUCACCUCUGGUUUGUCUAGCUAGCUUCUCAAAUUUAAUUUUCAUUUUCUCCCACUAAUGACUUUGCUGAUCAAUUCCAUUUGCUACUCCCGAGUCUCAGUUUUGUGGGAAAUACUCAAUGUUGCAAAGAAGUGUCCUGGAGAUUUAUUUUGUAAUAUUCAGCUGCUUUUACCCUAAAUGCAUUCUGGAAGAGUGGAUCUGAGGAGUAUGUCGUACCACUUAAGAUCUUGACUGCAGGAAAAGGCUUUUCUUACUAAGUGUUGCUUUUUGCAGCUGUUUACAUUAUAUUGUUUUAAGCACAAAUAUCCCUUUU